AAUAACCAGCCGCGUUCUGGCGCCGGAAGAACGACGUGUCCGGGAACUUUUUUGGGCUCCGGUCGACUCGUACCUCUGCGAUUGUGUGCGGGAGGCUUGGUUGCGAGACAAGACCAAUCAUUUGUCUUGAUACCCUGCACUGAGAGCAGGCAAACUGAGGGGGACGGAACGAACAAACCCCUCUAUCAAGACCUGAUCUAUUUCCCCAAACAAUUUUGUGUAUUCAUGAGGUUACGCAAAUGUGGAGGCAGCAAAAUUACCGUAAUCAAUUGAAACAGCGAGUGCGCAUCCAUGGCUCUGAUUAUUUGGAGAUCAUCUAUCAGCCUGAUGUCUGUGUAACGAGGAAAGGGGGGCAUUGAAUUACUAUUGAGAUUUACUGAGAAGUCCAUGAUCAUUGGGCAAGGGAGUUUGGUCAGUGAUAAUAGGACUCCUUGGUCUGGCGGCGGCGGAAGUAUUUCUCCAAACAUUAGAUAGCUGACUCUGCACUGCUGAAAGGUGCUGUUUUGAAACUAAAACCCACAGUGUCCGGACAGGCUGGUGAGCUGCAUUCUCCAUAAUCUCCUUUUUUUCCCCCACCUGACAAAGGAAAAUCAGAGGUGGACAAGCGGCGGCUCUAAGAGGAUAAACUGAGCAUGGAGGUCAGAUACAACCAAGAGACUGAAGGGAUGGUGCUGAAGAAUGGACUAAAGGAGGGGAAAGAUGGCAAGGACUCCCAGGGCAGCCUGACCAAAAGCUUCCUCAAGGACCAGCAGGACUCCUUUCCCCCCUCCGGGACCGUGGACACUUGUGACAAGAACAGGGGGAGCACAGGAGACCCGGACUACUGUCGGAGAAUACUUGUUCGAGAUGCUAAAGGCUCCAUAAGAGAAAUCAUUCUGCCCAAAGGUUUGGACUUGGACCGGCCGAAGCGUACCCGCACCUCCUUCACUGCCGAGCAGCUCUACCGUUUAGAGAUGGAGUUUCAGAGGUGUCAGUAUGUGGUUGGAAGGGAACGCACAGAACUGGCCCGUCAGCUCAACCUCUCUGAAACUCAGGUGAAAGUCUGGUUCCAGAACCGCCGUACUAAGCAGAAGAAGGACCAGGGGAAGGACUCUGAGCUGCGUUCGGUAGUUUCAGAAACAGCAGCCACCUGCAGUGUCCUCAGACUGCUGGAGCAGGGCCGGCUGCUGACGCCUCCCGGCCUGCCGGGCCUCCUGCCUCACUGCGGCGGCGGCACUCUGGGCUCUGCCCUGCGGCCACCCUCCAUGGCCAUGGCCAGCAACGGCAGCAGUAGCAGCAGCAGUAGCGGAGGAAGCACUGGCACAGCAGGCGGCAGCCCCCCGCUACCCGCCGUCACCAGCUCAGGGACAGUGGCAAGCUUGCAAAGCUCACCGGCAGCUCACAGCCUUUUCAGCUUCCCUAUGCCCUCCUUACUCAGUGGCGUCGCCACCCGCAUUUCCUCCAACCCCCUCUCCAUGGCGGGCUCCCUGGCUGGAAACCUGCAGGAACUUUCUGCACGCUACCUGAGUUCCUCUGCCUUUGAGCCUUACUCGCGGACCAAUGGCAAAGAAUCCAUGGACAAGAAAAUCCUGGAAUAAUGCUUUGCUUUUACAUAGAUGGAGUCCUGUUUCCUCAGGACACAUGCUGGUUAUUUUCCUUGGCUGUUAUUGUCAUUCUUUGGUUUCGAGCUGUCUCUUUCAUCUGUCUGUGUCAUGUUUUGUAGCAGUUCAUGUAUUCCAGUUGCGCAUCUGGCGCCUUGUACAAGGAAGCAAACAUAAGCUCGUCUUAACAAAGAAAAGGUGGCAGUGGGGAGAUUUUGCACAAGAAGUUCAUAAAGGACUUUAUAAAAGAGAAUUAGAGAGAUAUACACUGAGGAGAGUACUAACAGAUGUCUUUCUGUUAAUAAACAAAUAUUUAGUCCACAAACCAACUAUAUACUAAAGCGCCUAGAGAAGACAGCUGCUACUGUGGUGCAUACAGUCUACAGCAGGGCGCUGAAGACUGCUGACAAGAACUGUAAAGUUAUGGUAAUGUUGUUGAACUGUGUUCUUUGAUUGUGAUGGGUAGGUGCGUGUCAGAGCAGUGAGUAGAUAUAGACAAACACCUGAGCAGCAGUUUGUGUCGUCCGACCGCUAAAUCAGCGCUUUUAAAAUUUAACCUCAGCAAGGCCAAUUUCCUGAAAUAGAAUUAAAGAAGGGUUCGAGUGUGCGAUUAAAGGCCAGAGUCAAAGCCAGGCAAUCAGAGACGUGAUCACAGUUUGCAUAUGCAGAUGUUUCAUAAAAGCAUCUUUUGUAAAUCUGUAUUAUCUUUGAACCAAAACAGAAUCCAGAACAAUGUCGUCAUACAGUAUGAGAGUUGAAUUGUUCCGUGUUCACACACACACACGUGUGUGAUUGUAAUUCCACUACGAGUUCUCCAGGUUUUGGUGUACAGUUUCUACUGCGUGUUGGAGCUAAGCACAGGUACGAGCUACUGAAAGGGAGAAAAGGCUUUUCAGCUGAAACUGUUUGCUUUGUUGAACGCUACAAGGUAACAGCUUUUCCAAUCAUUAAGACAACCUUUCCUGUGCAAAAUUUCUUAAAUCCACAGCCUUCAGAAAAGAUUAAGGCCGAUGAUUCUUGUGGAGACUGAAUGAAAUUAUUGUAGUACUCAAGUACUGGAAAUGCAAAAUGUACCUUAAAGUUGUUAUUUUAUUGUAAAUUAUUUACUUCUGUAAUUAAUAGAUUAUUAGU